GACGGGAGGACGCGCUCCUCUUUAACCGCUAAAACGCUCGCCGGACUCCGCUGUGUGCGCGCAGGAGCCGCCAUAUUGUCACCCCAGAAACGCUGGGAGCUCCAGCACAUCCUGCCCAGCCACCAUAACAGCAAAGACCCCAUCUGAGGCAACCGGUGCCCCUACCACCGCAUCUACAGUAUGUCGGGCCCGGUCACAAGCCGAUCCCGAGUCUACCCUGAUGUGAACACACAAAGACCGCGGGAGUACUGGGACUACGAGUCUCAUGUUGUUGAGUGGGGGAACCAAGAUGACUACCAGCUGGUGCGAAAACUUGGCAGAGGCAAAUACAGUGAAGUAUUUGAAGCCAUAAAUAUCACGAACAAUGAGAAAGUAGUCGUCAAAAUACUCAAGCCAGUAAAAAAGAAGAAAAUCAAGCGUGAAAUUAAGAUUCUGGAAAACCUGAGAGGCGGCCCCAACAUUAUCACACUUUUAGACAUUGUCAAGGAUCCUGUGUCUCGGACACCAGCCUUGGUUUUUGAACAUGUAAACAACACAGACUUCAAGCAAUUGUAUCAAACGCUAUCAGACUACGACAUACGGUUCUACAUGUACGAAAUCUUAAGGGCCCUGGACUACUGUCACAGUAUGGGAAUCAUGCACAGAGAUGUCAAACCACACAACGUGAUGAUUGACCAUGAACACAGAAAGCUCCGCCUGAUAGACUGGGGCUUAGCAGAGUUCUACCACCCGAGCCAAGAGUACAACGUCAGAGUUGCGUCACGAUACUUUAAGGGACCUGAACUGUUGGUAGACUACCAGAUGUAUGACUACAGUUUAGACAUGUGGAGCUUAGGGUGCAUGUUGGCCAGUAUGAUCUUCCGGAAAGAACCCUUCUUUCAUGGACACGACAAUUACGAUCAGCUUGUUCGAAUUGCUAAAGUACUGGGCACAGAAGACUUGUAUGACUACAUUGACAAAUACAACAUCGAACUUGACCCUCGGUUCAAUGACAUUUUGGGCAGACAUUCCCGCAAGAGGUGGGAAAGGUUUGUGCACAGUGAGAACCAGCAUCUGGUCAGCACAGAAGCUCUGGACUUCCUGGACAAGCUGUUGCGCUAUGACCACCAGGCCCGACUGACGGCCCGAGAGGCCAUGGAACACCCCUACUUCUAUCCAAUUGUGAAGGAGCAAGUGAGAAUGGGUUCAACCUCGGGGAUAACUGCAAGCAGCACCCCUGUUAGCUCCUCCAGUAUGAUGGCAGGUAUCACAUCGAUGUCGUCAACACAGCCAAUGGGAAACAUUGCUGGGUCGCCUGUCAUCUCAUCUUCAAACUCACUGGGCACACAAGUCCCUGCCGCCACAGGGGCACAGCCAUGAGCUUGGACCCCAUACCACCUCUGUCUCAUGCUCACAAUUUGGCAGUUUGAGACAGGCUAUAUUUUUAUGUUGACAAUUGGAAAAAAUUAAAAAGGCAAAGAUAUUAGGUUUGUUUAUCCAUUCAAAUAAUUAUAUCCUGAAAUUCAGACACACGACAAAAAUUUUACGUUGUGGCUGUGUCUGGGUUAAAAGUAGCCACAAUCUUUCUUGGUGACGGUGUCUAGAAAAGCAACUACACUGUAGAAAUUAAUAAGAAAAAUGGAUAAUAAAAUUUAUUUUAUAUGUCCCUGAAGUAAACUGUUGUUUGGAAUUUUCUGAA